AUGUCGACCCUCUUGCCAAUGUGGCCACAAUCCAAACGACGGAGUAGAACAUUACGACGGAAUGGUUUCAUCUUCGUGCUCUGCUGUCUCGUCUUCUCCCUCUGGAAAACGGAUCUCCUGUACGAUCUGAAAAGCAGCGGCUUCAAAAUCACCAACCACGCUGGCUCUCGCAAAUCUAAUUCCAAGGCCGUCCUGCCCUGUCGAACCCUUCCCGGCGCGGACGAAACUCUGGUCAUCCUCAAGACGGGCGCGACCGAGUUACAGGAUCGCCUCCCGGUGCAUCUCAAGACCACCUUCCGCUGUUACCCCCACUACAUCAUCGUCUCGGACCACGCCGAAGCCUUCCAGGGGGAGACCAUCCGCGAUGUCCUGGGGACUUCCGUCUCGACGGAGAAAUUGGACGCGCAUGCCGAUUUCGGCCUCUAUCGGCGUCUGCGGGAUUCCGGACGAAAAGCGCUGGAGAUUUCGGAAUUGAGUGGUUCGGAGAGCCAGGAGACGAAUUGGAGUGGGAAUCGGGGCAAUCGGGGCUGGAAGGUGGAUAAGUGGAAAUUCCUUCCCAUGGUGAAUUCGACCUAUUAUGAGUUUCCGCAGUUCAGGUGGUAUGUCUUUCUCGAGGCGGAUACGUAUGUCAUGUGGGCCACGCUGUUGCAGUACCUGCAGGCUUUGGAUUCGAGAAAGGAGUAUUAUCUAGGGAAUCAGAUGGUUAUCGGGGAGGAUGUGUUUGCGCAUGGGGGCUCGGGGUUUGUCGUUUCGAAUCCCGCGAUGAAGGUUAUGGUGGAUUAUUAUCGGCAGUAUAAGGGCGAGCUGGAGGCUUAUACGGACUGGCACUGGGCUGGGGACUGUGUCUUGGGCAUGGCGUUUAAGAAGGCCAAGAUUCCCUUGACCUAUGCGUGGCCCAUCAUUCAGGAGGGAUAUCCGGGCGUUGUGCCUUACGGGAAGAGGAACGACGCGAGUAUCCCGGACCCGAGGAAGCGGUUAUGGUGUUAUCCCACUGCGAGUUUCCACCACGUUUCGCCGGAGAUGGUGGAGGAUCUGUGGGAGUUUGAGAUGCAGUGGCUGGAGAAGAAAGGCAAGGACGAGAAGCCUUGGCUCCGGCAUAAAGAAUUCUUCGAGCAGUAUCUCCUCCCGAGGAUGAGGGAGACUUCGACCGACUGGGACAGUGAGAAUGAUCUGGACCAGGGACUCGGACUUUCCCUGGAUGAGUGUGAGGCAAAGUGCAAAGCUACUGCGGAGUGCAUGCAGUGGUCGCUGGAAAAGAACGGUGGCCUUUGCAAGAUCCGCAAUGAUCCUGGACUGGGAAAGUACAAGGCCAAUGUGACUUCGGGCUGGAUGUAUGACCGGAUUGUGAAAUUUACCCAAGAUCAGGCUCCUUGUGGGGAUGAAGGCUGGAUCUUGAAGUAG